UCCGGCGGGGGCUCCGCGCUGCUCAGCAGACUCACACCUCUUCUUCCAAACAUACUUCAGCAGCCCGUGAGGCCCCUCACUUAUUGUAGUCUACGGAAGGGAAAGAGGAAGACUGUGAAAGCUGUUGUUAAGAGGUUUCUCCGACUGCACAGUGGUCUUUGGGUUAGGAGAAAGUCUGGUUACAAGAAGAAAUUGUGGAAGAAGUCUACUGCCCAGAAGAAGCGCUUGAGAGAGUUUGUGUUGUGCAACAGAACACAAUGUAAACUCCUGGAUAAGAUGACCACUUCUUUCUGGAAAAGAAGAAAUUGGUAUGUUGAUGAUCCCUACCAGAAAUAUCACAACCGCACAAAUCUUUCUGUGUAGGAAUCUUUAAUUAUUUUAUAAAUAAACACAUGCAUCUCAUCUGCUCAGAACUAUGGCCCAAAAUAAAGGAAUAUUAAAGAUUA